UUUUGGCUACAUAUCUCACAAAAUAUAUUGCUAAAGAAAACAGAAAACACACCAUGGUUUCACUUGUUCUUACAUCAUCCGACAUUUUCAGGGCUUUGUUCCUAGCAUUGUCUGUUGUCUGGUUAGUAUCUGAUUUGGCAUUUGCAAAACAUGCAGGCAUUACCAGGCACUACAAGUUUGAUAUUAAGAUGCAGAGUGUGACAAGGUUGUGCCAAACGAAGAACAUUGUGACAGUAAAUGGCCAAUUCCCGGGGCCUCGGAUAAUAGCACGGGAAGGUGAUCGCCUUUUGAUCAAGGUGGUUAACCAUGUUAAAUACAAUGUCACAAUUCACUGGCAUGGAAUCCGGCAGAUAAGGAGUGGAUGGGCUGAUGGACCUGCCUAUGUCACACAGUGUCCGAUUCAGACAGGGCAAUCCUAUGUAUACAAUUUCACUCUUACCGGCCAAAGAGGGACGUUAUUUUGGCAUGCUCACAUCUCUUGGCUAAGAGCUACUCUUUAUGGACCUAUUGUCAUCCUCCCCAAAAAGCAUGCCUCUUAUCCAUUUCCCCACCCCUACAAAGAAGUUCCCAUCGUUUUCGGGGAGUGGUGGAAAGCUGAUACCGAAACAAUUAUCAACCAGGCAAUGGCAACCGGAGGAGCACCAAAUAUCUCGGAUGCCUUCACCAUUAACGGUCUUCCGGGGCCUUCUUACAACUGCUCAGCAAAAGAUACAUUCAAGCUUAAGGUGAAGGCCGGUAAAACUUAUCUUCUCCGUCUCGUCAAUGCUGCACUCAACGACGAGCUGUUUUUCAGAGUCGCAAACCACACCCUUACAGUUGUAGAAGCCGAUGCAGUGUACGUCAAACCCUUCAAAACGGGUAUUGUGCUUAUCACUCCAGGGCAGACCACUAAUGUCCUUCUGAGGGCCAAAUCCAAGACCCCAAGUGCCAAGUUUGCAAUGUCAGCUAGGCCUUAUGCCACGGGCCCUGCCACUUUCGACAAUACCACUACAAUUGGAAUUCUGGAAUAUGAGAAAUCUGCUUCAGCCUCAAAAUCUAAUCACAAGAACUUGCCACUGCUAAAAGCAAAACUUCCACAAUUCAAUGACUCCAGCUAUGCUAUGAAGUUCCAGCGUAAAUUCCGCAGUCUUGCCACUGCUAAAUUCCCGGCAAAGGUCCCAAAAAAUGUUGAUAGACGGUUCUUCUUCACGGUGGGGCUAGGGAUACUCCCUUGCUCAAAAAACCAAACAUGCCAAGGUCCCAACAACACCAGGCCAGCAGCAGCAGUUAACAAUGUCUCAUUUGUGCAACCAAAUAUUGCUCUUCUCCAAGCUCACUUCUUUAAUAAAUCAAAGGGUGUUUACACCACAAACUUCCCAACUAACCCACCUUUCAAGUUCAACUACACAGGCACACCACCCAAAAACAUAAUGUUGAGCAGUGGCACCAAGUUGGUAGCGCUACCUUUUAACAUUAGCGUGGAGUUGGUGAUGCAGGAUACUAGCAUCCUUGGUGCAGAAAGCCACCCUUUACAUCUUCAUGGCUUCAACUUCUUUGUUUUGGGUCAAGGUGUUGGAAACUUUGAUCCUAAAAAGGAUCCGGCCAAGUUCAAUCUCGUCGACCCUGCGGAGAGGAACACGGUAGGUGUACCAGCUGGUGGGUGGGUUGCCAUUCGGUUCCUUGCAGACAACCCAGGCGUUUGGUUUAUGCACUGCCAUUUGGAAGUACACACAAGCUGGGGCUUGAAGAUGGCUUGGGUGGUCAACGACGGAAAAGGGCGCAAACAGAAGCUACCACCUCCGCCUGCCGAUCUUCCUAAAUGCUGAAACCCCACCCAUCGUUGUCGUCUUUACCAUGUUACGAUACAAUUUUCCACUAUAUUCUCUUAUUUCCUUUCCUAUGCACUUUAUAUACGAAACGAUAUAGCACUUGUUAGGUCCCCCAGAUCUUCACUGUUUUCGGGUUCCAUAUAUACAGCGCCAGAACAAGAACUGGUGCAGAUUUUGGUAUAGAUUAUCAGGCUGUGUAAUGCACUACCAUCACAACUAAUGAUGUCUGAAAGGAUCUAUAUACAUUAUAUAGAUUUUCUACAAAUACAAUUUUUCUUUUUCUUA